AUGAAAAUAUCAAUAUUUGGAUCAACUGGGCCAACAGGACGGGAAUUAGUAAAUCAAGCACUGGAAAAGGGUUAUAAAGUAAGCACUUUGGUCAGAAAUCCACUUGAUAUAGUUCAUGCCAAUUUAACUGUCAUAAAAGGAAACAUUUUUGAUAUAGAAGCAGUUAAAAAUGUUAUUGAAAACAGUGAUGCUGUAAUUUCUGUAUUAGGUUUUACACCACAAUUAUUUGGAGAAAAAUCUACCGACAUCUAUUCUAAAAUUGCUUCACUCUUGGUUAAAGCAAUGACAGAAUUAAAUUUAAAAAAAUUGAUGUUUUGUACAUCAGCAGGUGUAGAAAAUGAUCCAAAUGAAAUAUGGUUUUACAAACAUAUUUUGAAACCUUUGCUAUUACAAAAGGUUUAUGAUGAUAUGCAAUUAGCGGAGAAAAUAAUUACUGAAUCCAGUUUAGAUUGGAUCCUGGUAAGACCCGCACGUAUGACAAACGGAUCAUUAACAACUCAAUUCCGUGUUUCAGAAAGAUUUAGAUCAUCAGGAGGCACCGCUAUUUCACGAGCUGAUACAGCAUUUUUUAUGUUAAACCAGGUAACUGGUAAUCAAUGGGUACACCGAACCCCAACACUAACUUAUUAG